AUGGCCCCGGUGUCCCGGGCCCGUUAUCCCGAGGACACCGCGGGCUCUCGGGGGUGGCGACGCAGCUCGUCGGGGAGCCCGCCGUCUGCGCAGGCCAGACGCUCCCCGUUGGGAGGCCGUGCCCGCUCUCACUCCCGCGGCCUUGAGGGCCUCCGGCCUCCGUGGGGAGGGUCGGGCGUUGGCGCCCCUUGCCCGCCCGGCCGCCCUCGAGAGCAGGCCCCGGCGUCCCGCAACUACGCAUUCUCCUCCUCUUCCGUCUCCUGUGGCGGGUACCGCUACCAUCACCACUAUGUGGGCGACCGGCAGAGGAGGCUGAGAGAGAGACAAAGGAUUGGGGAGUUGGGAGCUCCGGAGGUGUGGGGGCUGUCCCCAAAGUUUCCUGAGCCGGAUUCUGAUGAGCACACCCCCGUGGAGGAGGAUGAGGUAAAGACUCAGAAGACCAGCAGUUCAGACUCCAGCUCCGAAGAAAAAAGGAAGAAGAACAGUCGUUCAAAAAGCAAGAAAAAUAAAAAGUCCAAAAGGAAGCAUAGGAAAUAUUCUGAUAAUAGUGAUAGGAAUUCAGACUCCGACACGGAUUCUAGCUCUGAUGAUGAUAAAAAGAGAGCCAAAAAAGCCAAGAAGAAGGAGAAGAAAAAGAAACACAGGGGGAAAAAAAACAAGAAAAGGAAGACUAAGAAGACUAAAAAAGAAUCCAGUGACUCAAGCUUCAGAGAUUCAGAAGGGGAGUUGCCGGAAGACACCCGGGUGAAGCGGUCGGAGAUUGCCGGUCCCACGGAUCUGAUGGGUCCAGAAGCACCUGUAACAUACAGCUCCCAAGAUGAGAAGCCUCUGAACUAUGGCCAUGCUCUGCUCCCAGGGGAAGGCGCGGCGAUGGCUGAGUACGUAAAAGCUGGAAAGCGAAUCCCACGAAGAGGUGAAAUUGGGCUGACGAGCGAAGAGAUUGCUUCAUUUGAAUGCUCAGGUUAUGUUAUGAGUGGUAGCAGGCAUCGCAGGAUGGAGGCUGUACGGCUGCGGAAAGAGAACCAGAUCUACAGCGCGGAUGAGAAGAGAGCCCUUGCAUCCUUUAACCAGGAAGAGAGACGGAAGAGAGAGAACAAGAUUCUAGCCAGCUUCCGGGACAUGGUGUACAGAAAGACGAAAGGGAAAGACGACAAGUAAGGACUUUCUGUUGUUCAGCAGGACUUUUGACAACAAUUUUACAUGACCAAAGUAGUGUGAAAAGACUUCAUGGUGCUACUGUAUCGACUAUGUUAGAAAGUCCGUGGAGAAAAAGCUGCCGUUUGAGAUCUCGUUACCAAUUUAUUUUGUUAUUUUUAAUUUAAUAUGUGCACAUGGCUUAAAUACUCAAAUACUGCAGUCGGAGAGUUAAUAAAAGGUCUUUCAUCGUAGUCCCUGAUUCUUCUCCCCAAAGAGAUCUCUGUUUGAUGUCUUUUAUACACGUAAGUUCUGUGUACAUACAAGCACAUUGCAGGAUAAAGGUUGGAGUUACUAACCUGAAGAUUAUCUUCCCUGUUGACCCUGACCUCUCUCUCUCUCGAGGAGCUUCAUGGAGCCCUUCACAUGCCCCCAGGAGGACCAGAAGAAUCCCAGAAGGAACAAAGGAUUCAAAUGAGUGUAUACUUCUGGUUGCAGUUAACAGAUUGAGUUAAAAAAUAAAGGAAGUUUAUUGGUUCGUGGAACUGAAAAGCCCUGCAGGAAAAUGGGUUUCCCGCAUGGCUUUAUGGGACCUUCACUUUUUUCUUCUCCAUGGGUCAUUUUCCUCCGUAGCCUGGUUUCCAAAAGGGUUGCCAAAGGUCCUGAGUUUGGUUAUAUACUUCCUGGUCCACCUCUGAGGAGCAAAAACAUUUCUGUCUUGGCAUUCCAAACAAGAAUCCCGAGAUUGACCCAAAUUGGAUUAGCUUAGGUCACAUGCCCGCUCUCAAAAAAGGUACUGUUGUCGCGAGAUAGGCCUCCUCCUGGAGCUGUGAGUAUAGUCAAUUUAUAGGCUACAUGGGGAGGAAGUGGAUACCUGAAUGUCAGGGUAAUGCUGGGAAGGUGUAUAGGCAACCGACAAAUGCCCACUAUAGUUUUGAAGGAUUUCUAAAAAACACAGUUCGUGUGCUGAAAGCCAAAAUUUUCCUGAAGCUUGCUUUUGACUAUCGGGGAAUACCUGGCUGAAGGGGACAUAGGGUUGAUCCAUAAAAAUAGAUCUAAAAAGUAAAGACGAAGGUCCAUUGUGCUUGGGUCUUCCAAAGAGUAGACCAGGUGCCACCUUAGACUAAGA